AUGCGGUUGUACCAGAUGCCUGUAUUUCUCUGGUGUUCUGGGCAAGUGGAAAAACAACAGGAGUUGAGCGUCUUCACCCAGGGGCUGCCGGAAAAGCCGCUUCAGCUCCUUCAGCAGCUCUUCCGCUGGGUUCCUUUCGUUCGACCUUUGGGGGCCGCCGCCGGCCAGCCAAGAGGGGCCCCCGCCUGCUCUCCGGACCGGCCCGUCCGACAUGCCAGGAAGCGACUGGGGACCCUGGCCCGGGUCAUCCUCGCCUUCGUCCCGUCCCAGUUCCUGCAGACCUUGGGCCGUCUUAAGACCCAGAGGAAAAGCUCUGCCCCAGACGAGACCCUGAAAAGCCAUGUCCACCCGGCCGGCAAAGGGUGCAAAAGGAAGCAGGAAGAUCUUCUUCUGGAAGAACAGCAGUACUGGGUGGAAGCCCUCCUGGAAGACCUGCCCGAGGAAGACGACAGGGACGAUCCCACCUACGAGCCCACGAAGUCGGAAACCGACAGCGAGGAGUAUCGAUCCCAAAACAGCACGGAGACGGAUCUGGAGUUCGAGGAGAAAAACGGCGUGCUGAUGCUGAAGGAGAAACCGACCCUACAGGCAAUUCCUGACGAAGACGACAAGCGAGGAGAGACCCAAGCGGGAUGCAACGAAGGAAACCCUCCAGCCUUCCAGAUUUUGGGAAAUGACAGGGAACGGCCCACCCCACAGGGGGAGAAGGGCUGUGGCGAGGUGGAAACUGUGGCUGAGGACGACACUGCAGACAGAGGUCCCCCGGGAUCUGAACCCUUGGCCGCCUCCGGCGACUCCCAGGAACAGUGGGUCUGUGUGAGUGGAGAGUGAUGAAACUCGAACGACGACAACGACCCUUUUUCCCGGCUGAGAAGUUACAAAAUUGGCAAGUUACUCUACGACGCUGUCCUUUUUCUGCUCUUCCUUUGGCUGAAAUUCCUCUGGAUUUCGGAUGUUCGUCCUCAGUCUUUCCUUUUGUUCAGAGGUGAAGAUAGGUCUAUCAUCAACCCUUUCUUUUUGGCAUUUAUAAUAAAGUUUUGUCUCUUUUUUUUCA